AUGGACCCGCAAGCCGCGCCGGCGGGGCCGGUGGCCUCGCGCGAGGAGAUUGUCGCCUACACGCGUCUCCUGGAAACGGCGCUCUGCCGCCGCGGCGUGUCCCACGACGACCUGAUGGCGCUGCGCGAGCAGGUGCGGCGGGCGCACCGGCGGAAGCAGGCCGCGGCCGCGGUGGCCGCGGCGCCGCACCCGUCCGUCGCGCCGGCACCCGCGGCCGCGCCGCCCGCGCUCGCGCUCGGCCCGCUCGCGCUCGAGCCGAAGCGGCCCGUGCCGGCCGUGUCGCCCGACGAGCCCGGGGCCAAGCGGCCGCGGUCGCCCGCGCGGCCGAAGCCGCGCCUCGGCGUCGACCAGCAGGCUCUGGAGGGCGCGUACGGCGCCGACGCGCAGCGCGCCGAGAAGCGGCGGGCCAUCGAGCUCCACGUCCGCGCGUUAGAACACGCGGCGGCGUGCCCGGGCUGCGAGCGCAAGGCCUGCGCCAAGAUGGCGGGCUACCUGCGGCACGCCGCGUCCUGUACCCAAGGCGCCGCGUGCUUGGAUUGUAGGCGCAUCGACACGCUCGUGCAGCUGCACGCGCGGCGCUGCACGCUGGACCUCUGCCGCGUGCCGGGCUGCGUGUCGCUCCGGGAGCGCCUCCGCGUGGAGAGCUGGAAGGCCGCGCUCGAGGGCUGAGGCGCGGACCGGAGGUCCGCGGGACUCCCACUGGAGUCUAACCCCAGCGGCCCGACGGAACACCCUGUAUCAUAAGUAUAUAUUUACGUG